AUGAUUGAGUGGACGUAUCCCAGUUUUACCACAAACUUUCAAAAUCCUGCUUAUCUUAGUGAGAGAGCAAUAUUGACGCCGACCAAUGUCACUGUUGCUCACUUGAAUUCCAAUAUUGUUGAGACAAUUCCGGGAGAUCAAGCUUCUUACUAUAGUGUUGACAGAGCGGAGGAUUUUGGUGGCAGCGAUUCUGAUCUUAGUUUUGCAUUCCCCCCUGAAUAUAUCAACUCAUACAAUAUUCCAGGUCUUCCGCAUCAUGAACUGAAACUAAAGGUUGGCGUGGCUGUUAUGUUAAUGCGAAACUUAAACCAGACGCUUGGACUGUGCAACGGGACCAGAAUGAUGAUCACAAAGUGCCUGAAGCAUUGUGUUCAGUGUGAGGUAAUAUGUGGAGCAUUUGCAGGUACGAAACACUUUAUUCCAAGGAUGGAACUCUUUCCAACCGAAACCAAGCUACCAUUCAAGCUGAUUCGCAAGCAAAUGCCGCUGCAAAUUUGUUAUUCCAUGACGAUCAACAAAGCUCAAGGACAGUCUCUACAAAGAGUUGGUCUUUAUCUUCCGAAGUCAGUUUUUACACACGGACAAAUGUACGUGGCUGUAAGUCGGGUUACCUCACCUGAAGGUUUGAAGAUGUUCAUUGAUUCUGAUCAUGGUGUUCCAACUAAUGUUACCAGAAAUGUAGUCUACCAAGAAGUUUUCUACAAUCUCCCUAAGCUGUAA